CAGUGUUGGUGUAGGAGUGUAAACGACAACAAGAUUACGUGUAGGUAUCAGAAACAAUUUGGAAACAACUAUUUUUGUAAGGUUCACUCGCUACCUCCCUAACUACAGAAGCCAUGGCCUCGUCCAACCUGAGGUAUCAAGGAAAAGUUACAAUUGUGACCGGAGGCACACAAGGAAUUGGGGAAGGAGUUGUCAGAGAGUUCGGUAAGGAAGAAUAGUUAAAUAUCUACAGCGUUAUUUAACUUUAGGGCUUGCCUCUCCUUUAAAAUUUGGGGUGAUAUAUUUUAUGGGACGGCUGCUAUGCACCUAUCAUUUUUCGGCCAUCCUGUGGCGGGGCGGGGGUGGGGGGAAGGUCCUGGGUAAACAUAACUUUGUAUGGGGAGUUUAAUAUAGGGGGUUUUGAAAGAUUACCCCAGAGGCGGGGGAAAUAAGGGAGGUUUGAUUUACCACAUCCUUGCAUGCGGGGAAAACUGGGGGCUUUGUGUAAAGAAAUAAUUAGGCCGAUUUUACAGGGUUCGCACAGUCUUGAAAACUCCUUGAAUUUGAGGGGAAGUCCUUGAAAAGGCCUUGAAUUCUAUUUUUCCUUGAAAAGCCCUUACAUUUUUGUGCAAGUCCUUGAAUUUUCUUCAACUGUGAAUGUAGUGGCCUGGAUAGUGUUGUUUAAUACGUUUUGGUUGUCCAAGACAGAAUAUAAAUCAAUUAGCUCAGAGAAGUUAAAGGUGAUUUACAUAAAGUGGUUUUUGUCUUAUGGAAUAAUAACCAUCAAUAUAAGACUGUGUAGCAUGCAUUUCCAAUCGAGUUAUAGUGCGAAUGAACUCGCAUCAGAAUGCUUCCUUAUACACAGGCUAAUUUAAGGCCAGUGAACAGAAAAAAUUAGAGAAGUUGUUGGAGCAAACAGUUCAAGCCUUAACGUCCUGUUAAAAUGAACUGUAAAAAUGUUUUUUUUUGUGCAAUCUGUGAAAUCACAUUCCUGGUAAAGUGGUCCUUGAAAAUUGAAUGUGGUCCUUGAAAAGUCCUUGAAAAGUCCAUAAAAAAUCAUUGUGAUUUUCGUAUGAACCCUGUUUUAAGUUGCCUUAAAUCAAGGAUUAUAUAGACCACUCGUCCAGAUGAUUGUGGACUUACCUCUCUCCCCGGGGGGGGGGGGGGGGGCUUUUGGGGGGGGGGGGGGGGGUACUUUAGGAAUUUCUGGGUGGGGAUGUGCCGCUGGGGCCCUGGAACCCUUAACCAAUACCAGAGCUAGUUCAGCUGAAUUUUGCUACCCUAUACUAGAGUAAACUCCCCAAAUCCCCCUAUCCUAGAGUAGCUGUUUCCCUAGCCUAGAUAAAAUCUUCAACCAACUGAUCAGUUUCCUGAAAAAUGAUACCCUAUUCUAGACUCAAACGCUCUGAUUUAUAUACCCUAUCCUAGAGUAAACUGCUUGAAAACCAUACCCUUCACAGCGGCACAUACCUAUAUAGCCCAUAUAUGUUAGUACCCCCCGGGCCUCUCUCCUCAUGGUGAAAAUAAUAGCUGAUUCAAAGGACUGUGUAAUCUCAGGUAUUGUUAUGUAAAUCCAUUUCCAUUGUGUUAUUUCUUGUAUAUGCUUCUUCUUAUCAUGCCAGGUGAGCUGGGUCAUUAUAGUGGCAUCUCAAGUUUACGGCUGUGGUUUUGUGUUUUUCAAUAUGAUACCCCUCUAGCAGGGUCUGAAAUUGCGACAGCAGCUGGUCACCAAUACUCCUAGAAAUUGAGAGUUGGCAACCAAAAAUUAAAGGCUUGGUGACUAAAAAAGUUUGAAACAGCAGUUCAAGAAUUGGAGGAUUUUGCGUUUUUGUUCAAACUCGACUUAUGUUUUAGCCUGCCAACAUCAUGCAACAGUUAUUUCAGUGUUUCAAAUGUUUUGUGUUCAGAACAGUUGAAUGGCUGUUUUCGUGGCUGUCGUAUUGUUAUACAGCGGUUACUGCUCUGACCGAUAUAACUUUAUGGGUGCAUUUUAUACACACUCACUUUCUUCUUGCUAUGAAUAUUAACAUCACUUUUCCUGGUGCUUUGCAGACUGUGCAAAUUAAGGUGACAAAGAAGCAGCUAAAGAUUUUUUUUAAGGGGUAGAUUGAUCUUGCCAUGUGGAGAAAAGAUGUUGGUAACAACAUGGUGGCUUCGGUCUGUAAUCGACAGAAUGUGACUCAUGUUUCCCUAGCUUUUGUGGAAGAAAAGAAAGUUUUGACAUGAUGAACGAAUAGAGGAGUAGAGGAGCAGCUGGUUAUAUAUAUCAUUCUACCUUUAUUGCUUAAAUUCCAGAACAAAUUCCUUUUUCUCUUCGAAAAGCCAUCAUCUUGAAACAAAACCAAAAAUUCAAGGUUAUGCCAUCACCGGGAAGUUGGUCUGUUUUUGCAUGAGCGUAAAAUGUCUAAAACAUUCUUUCUUUAUCAUGUUAAAAGAAAAGGAAAAAAAUUUCUGGUAACCACUUUAUGCCAUCUGUAGGCAUUUUUAUUAACUUGCCAGAUUGUACCUGUAUCAAAAAGUUAUUUUCACACCCUGUCUAGGAGGGGGAAUUUCUUAACUUUGAUUGCUCUGUGUCCCACAAGUCCCCUUCCUUGACUGGGGUCCACCCCCCCCCCCCCCCCCCCCCCCCCCCCCCCCCCCCCCCCCCGCGGAGGAAUCGGACGUCUUCCCCUCCCCCCCCCCUCCCCCCCCCCCCCCACCCCACCUCCUCGCGAUUGUCGUUUGUGUGUGUUGGGGGUUUUGGUUUUUUUUGUUUAUUCUUAAUGUAAUUGUUUACCAUUUUUUACCUCUGACACCAUCACGUUUUUGUUUUGUUGGGUUGGUGUGGGGUGGGGGGAGGUGUCAGGUGCCCCCCCCCCCCCCCCCCCCCCCCACUCAGGGGAUGGCAGAUGAUAAGUGCAUUGUUCACCCUCCUCCAGUGCACCCUGUGCCUUUGCACCUGCCUACUAAGGAUGAUGAGUUUUUUGAAGAGGGGUUUGGAUUUUUUCUUUAAAGAAUCCAUCAAACUCUAGAUCCUUUGGACAGUCUUCCUCACAGGCGAGGUUUCUAAAUUUGUUGCGUGUGUAGGGCAUGGAACGUAAGUGGAUGUUAGAGGUCUGCAAAAUCAGAUUUGCCAUUUAAUUUCUGUUAGCAUACUGUUGUAAUCUACCAUUAAGCAAUUUUAUCUGAAGAGUGCUGCACAAGUUGUGCAGUACAAAACUAGUCAGGGGUGUAGCUACCUGUAUGCAUGGUGCACUUAGUAUCCAUGCAAAAACGUUGAGGAGAAAAAAUAAAAUGAAACAAAUAUAACAAUAUAAAAAAAUCAGUUUCCAGUGACGACAUUUACUGGUGAACUGAAUCUUGAAUGACAAUAUAUUUAUCGAAAUGGGGGUAAAAUAGUGGGCAUGGCAAACUUGAUGCUGUAAAGCUUGAAACAAUUGUUUUCACCUUGGCCUGUCUUAGCAGUUAUACAAAAUAAGGCGAGGGUUUGCAAGACAUGUAUUUCUAGUUAAGAGGUAGUACUUGUGCACUUAACCUUCGAUUGUAACAAAUACACAGACAGUAUAAAGCGUUGUCAACAUGCACACACAUUGCACAUGAUUCAAAAAAAUUCUUGUGAUCAUCAUGUAGCUUUUGUCAUUACUCUGUAGGUCAUGAUGUACAUGACUAAAUUGUCAUUUGAUUACUAUGUCUUGACCUUCACUUUUCUUCUGUGACCCUUAAUUAUCAAAAAGGGGAAAUUGCCUUCCUGUUCUUCUUUUGAAAAGCUGCAAUGUGUUAAAAAUAUCUAAUGCAGGUAAUGUAUCUGGAUUCUUAAAGGCAAGUCUUUUGAUAUUACCAUUCUGUUUUCUAGUCAAAGCUGGAGCCAAAGUCAUCUUUUGUGGUCGUGAGGGUAUGUCAAUUUUUCUGAUAUUACUGCAUGUCAAAGCCCAUAAUUGUCUAGAACAAAUAAAUACAUGAGUGCAUGCAUUAUGCUUUCUAAUUCUGUGUGGUGCUGUGUCAGGAAAAAAAUAACAGAUUCCCAUUUUUGGAUAUUUUAAUUUGAAUACCCACAAAAAUCCCAAAUUUGGAAGAGUGAGACAAGUCCCAAUCGGGGUACUUGGUUGGGAAUUCCCUGGUUGGGACUUGUCUCACUUUGCCAAAUUUGUAUGGGAAUCCGUUAUUUUUUCCUGUGUGUUUUCACAUCUAUUGUGACAUCCAGGGAUGGAUUGUUUUACCUAGCACUACAACUGGCAAGUUCUUUAAAAGUGGAUACACCAUUUUAAGAAGGGCCAUUUCUUACAUUCUGUUCUUUUAAUGUAUAUUUAUGUCAGUUGUAGUUAAUUUUUUGUCUCAGUUAAUUUUGUUUUCUAACUAGAAAGUUAGUUUUUUUCUAACUCUCAGUAGUUAAUUUUUUUCUAAGGGACUUGUCAGAAAUUAGCAGUGGGGGAGGUGGGGUGGAAACAGAGGGAGGGUCUCAACUUUUUGAGACUUAGAAAAGGGAGGGGUUAUGAAAAAUGGGCCUUUAAAAGGGGGAGGGUCAUGCAAAUAUAUGCCCAUGAUCAUGUAGCGGCUCACCCACAGAAGAAAAAGAAAGUUCUUUAUUUAGUAAAAAAAAAAAAAAGAGCAACGGAACAUUAUGGAUAUAAACUGUGAAGUACUAUUGCAAGAAUUCAACAAACAUCUACUUUUCAUUUAUAACAAUGCUAUAGUCUUAUUGCAAUUAUGAAUAAUGUUGUUGGUGAUGUUAUUAUGGUUUUGGCUAUCCUUUUCAUCCCUGUCUUCAGCAUCACCAUCAAUGCUGCUGUGAGCAUCUUGAUCAUCAUCAUUUAUGUGAUCAGGAUUUUAUUUUAUUUAUUUUAUUUUAUUAGCUUCGUAUUGAUACAAUUACUUUCAUCACCAUCAUGAUUUUCAUUUAAGUUGAAGCGUAGAUGUUGCUUGAUAAUUUCGUGUGAUUCAUUGGUAAACAAUCCCUUCUUAAAUGCAUAUUGGAUAUAUGGCCUUUGCGUUUUGAAGAGCCCACUUAUUCAUUGAUAAUGAAGAAAUAAUGGGCCAAUAGGCUCUGUAACAUCAUGCGAUUCUUGCUGAGGUGCAAUGGUUUCAAUAAGUCUUUUGCAGUUAGCUUCCAUUCUUUUUGCCCUAGCUUUUUUUGCUUUCCUUUUAUUUUGUUUUUCUUUCCUCUUUUUUCUUGUUGGCUUGGAAUACCGGACGUUAAAGAGCCUGGGACAUUUUUCUUUCAAUUCUGCAAGGUGGGGAGGGUCAUGAUAUUUUAGACCAAGCUCAAGGGGAGGGUUAGCAAAUGUCACUCCCAUGGCGGGGGUAGGUCACCUAAUUUCCGAACCCAAAUUUAAAAUUUCCACCCCCCCUCCCCCCUGCUAAUUUCUGACAAGUCCCUAACUAGAUAAUUUUUUUCGAGCUAGUUUAUUUUUUUCUAACUAGGUGAAUAAUAAUUUAACUAGUUACAUUUUUUUAUGCUUCAAUGUAUCAUCAUUUCUCCUAAAAUCAUGAGAAUUAUGUCAGUCUUGAAAGAAGGUGACCCUGGUGGGACGUGGCACGCAUAUGUAAAUAUUUAGCAAUUAUUGGACGAGGUUGAUCAAAAUAUCGUGAUUUGUCAGUGGCGAGCAGAUCAAUUAUUUGUUGAAGCCGAAGGCUGAGGCAAAUAAUAAUUGAUCUGCGAGACACUGACAAAUCACGAUAUUUUGUGAUAGCCGAGUUCAAUAACUGUUUUAUCAUUCACCGAGUUUGUUUUUUAAGGAAUAUCUUCAGGAAGCGAAGCGAUCUGCCAGUUUUGCACAAGAGUGAUCGCAAGAAGGAGAAAAGCAUGGUUUCAAUUAUGCAUGAGCAGAAUAGUAUUUGCAGCCAAAAACAGUUGAAAAACAUUAUGCAUGAGCACACCAUUAUUUUUAGGCGGUUAUUUAAUUGCAGGUCACGUGGUUGGGCUCUCGGCCAAUGAAAAGGAAGAAACAUUUGCAUCGAAUGAUAAAUACCUUUUUUGGGAGUACCCCCUCUCCCACACUAUAUCUACUAUUACAAAAUAUUGUGUCUUUAUUUUUAUUCACAAAUGAAUCAACUUUAUUUCUGUGUUGUGCUUGCUAGUGGCUGAAGGGGAAAAACUUGAAAAAGAAAUGAAUGACAAAGGUCCUGGAGAAGCAUGCCUUAUUAAAUGUGACGUUACUAAAGAGGAGGAUAUCAAGGUCAGUGUACUGUGCUUUCUAGAAACUCUUCAAUCUGAAGUUAUUAUUAUUAUUUGUUGAGUUGAGUUUUCCCCAACAUUCUGGUAUCAAUCAUUCUGGUAUCUUUAAUAGCACCUUUUAGUACCUCCCUUCUAAGUUGACUGAUGGUACAUUGAAUCAGUGAAAACUGAAUCUUAAUUCUAGUCUAUGAACACAGCCGUCCUAACAAAUCUGACUCUAGGCUCACUCUGCUAGCACACUUAAUCAGCCAAUCAUCUCACCACAGCUCUCUCUGUUCACCCUGUUAGUACAAUCAUUAUUCAAAACCAAAACGUCUGGUUUAAAUCUGGGGUAGGUAUGAACCUACUGGUAUGUAUAUGUAGCCCAGUCCUCUUACCACACGUUCACGCUGCUACCAGCCACUUAAUGAGAGACAAAACCAAGUACUUCUAACCACAGUCAUUCCAACAUAGCUCUCUCAGAACACCCAUCCUUUUCUGCAAAACUGAAUUCUGGCAUCUUAGUACAGUGCAUGAUCAUAAUUUUAUAGUCAUCCUAACUCGGCUCUCUCUGAGCAUACUCUUCUUGUAAAAUCAUGUCAAUCAGUCAUGACUGAAUCAUCUAGCCCCGGUUCAGUUUACAUGUCUCGUGGAUAAGUCACUGGGUAGAGAUUUAUCCAGUACAUAACAUUGCCCACCUUUUUAAACAACUGUAGCCUGGUCUAUGACCUCAGUCAUUCCAACACAAUAACUUUCAACAGUCAUGCUACACUGUAUAUUGGAACACUCAAUUAGCCAAAACUAAAUCCUCUGGUCUGUGACUAGUUGGCGUUGUUGCUGUUUAAUUUCUUAAUGGUCCGAGAUUGACGACAGCUACAUUAGUGAACACCAUAUUUGAUUGUACCCAGGUGUUCCAUCUCCAGAUUAGAAGCACAAAAGUCAUUCAAUUAACAUUAAAAAAAAAAUCCUUUUUUUUCACAAAAACCUCAACGAUAAAGCUACAGACAUUCCAUAAAAGCUUCCCAAACAAUAUCUCAAUGUUUUUGACUAAAUAUAUGUUUUUUAUCUGACUUCUUUUAUUUUUUUGUGGGUCAGUUUUUCUCUUAAAAUUUAUGUUUAAACUUAAACAGUAAGAAAAGGCUGUCUUUCUUUAUGUCAAUGAAGAAUUUGGUGGAGAAGACAGUUGAAAAAUAUGGUUGCAUUGACUGCCUCAUCAACAAUGCUGGAUGGCGUAAGUAGAGAAACCUUUUUCUUGAUCCUUUGUCAUAACUAACUGCAAGCUAUCAAUAUUUAUUUAUGUAUCUAGUCUGAAAUUUUGUAGGUGCAUAAUUCAGCCAUCUUAUUUUUUGUGAGUUGAAAUAAGAAGGUUUGAGAUACUAUCUGACUAAUAGACCUUAUUCAUGAUACCUGCCAUCUGUGCAUGCCCCUUAGGAUCGGUGGGAUAUUAGCAUUAAUUAUGUCACGUGGUUUCUCAGGGAACAAACAAUGAAUAAAAUUUGCCAAUGCAAGAAAUCGCGGUCAAGUUUGUUUAUUCUCUCAAAGUGAGAGGACGAUUAAUAUAAUAGUCAUGCAAAAUGUACAGUUCAAGUUUUGACAGCUUCGCGAUAUUAUUACCUGCUCUGAGGACAUCUUACAAUCGCUACUGCAUCUAGAAAAGUAACAAUGAUCAUUUUCACCCAUGAUUUGCCAUAUUCAAUCAAUCAAUCAAUCAAUCAAUCAAUCAAUCAAUCAAUCAAUCAUUUAUUUUGACACGUUACGUCGAGGAGCUAGAAAACUUGUUCAAAAUAUGAAUGUGUAUAAAUAAAAUCUUAAAAAAACUUAGUAAUAAAAACGUAAAAUAUAAAAAGCUAAAACCUACUGAAAAGCCUUAUACUUAAAAUGUGACCGGAAAACUAUAAGACGCGUUCAAGAAACAGUAAAAAGCUACAAUCAUGCACUAUAAGACACGUGCUAAAAAGCUGUAAUCAUGAAAUUCACGUUUGAAGUCAUUAGCAUCACUUGAAAGACGCAGUUGAGAGGGCAAACUGUUCCAUAACUUAGUUAAUGAAUAAGUGAAAGAAUUCUUCUUAAAUGUAAGAUUAAAGUUAGGUAAUUCCAAAUUCAAGCCCUCGCCUCUUAGCCCAUACAGUGUAUGCAGGCCUAUAUUAAUAAUUUUAGAAAGGCUUCCAAUAUAAGUAGGUCCUGUACCAUUUCAGCAUUUAAAAAUCAAAUUAAAAAAUUUAUUGUCUCCAAGAUAAAAAGUUCUUCAUUUUCUGUUGUUGGAUAAACAGACUCGAGCACUAUUUCUUGCAUUGGCAAAUUUUAUCACUUGUUUGCCCCCUGAGAAACCAUGUGACACCACUUUUAUCCUGUCAGUAGUAAAGCGCAUGCAAAGAUGGGGGGUAUCUUGAAUAAGUUCUGUUAGGCUGACUGAUCAGUCUAGUGAGGGUGGUUGCAAAAACAAAUGAAAAAGAAAAGAAAGGUGAGACAAGGAGAUCGGUUCUUUAGUUAUUAUUGUUUUCAUUUUUAUUGCUGGCGAGCCUUAUGCGAGCCAGCAGUAACUAUUCUGUACAAUAGCGGGAAAAAGCCAAAAUUUGUUGGAUGUAAGAUCAGGAGCAUGCGCAGUCGAGUGGUUUUCUUCUGUGCGAUGAGAUCACGUAAAACGCACAUGGACUAGAUCGAGAGAUUUCAAGAAAAUUUCAAUGGCUUUUCCCUUUUAUACAUCACAAAUACAUGGAAAUAACAUAUUUUUCUAAAAAAAAAGGCUUAGACCCACCCUAAUUCCCAGGGCUAAUUGUCAUUUUCUUCCCUUAAUAUAAUAUUUUCAAACUGAAUUCUCUGUAUUUUACUCCAGGUCUGAUGUCAUUACUUAAUUUCAUAUUGAAACCCAUAGUAUUCUUUUGCGAAUUUCUCCAGUCUUACUGAGCCUGACCCUCAACUUGACUGUCUCAAAACGGAGUGCUCACGGUCUACUAUUUUUGACUCCAAAAAUUUGAAACUUCUAGUGUUUUGUAAUUACGUAUUAUUUUUCUAGGUGUUAAGUUUUUAUCGAUCCUUUUAAACUUUUAUUACAGAUCCCCCAAGUAAAACAAUUGAUCAGACUUCAGCUCAUGAGUUUAGAGACCUGCUGAAUCUUAACCUUGUGAAUUACUUCUUGUUUUGUAAAGUAAGUCUUGUAGGUUUUUUUUAAUUACAUGCAAAUGUUACAGUUUAUUUCUUGAUAACAACUGUUCUUUAGAUUAAGGGGAGAAAGAUUUUUGUAAUAAUUUAGCCAAAGCAGUACAAUGUGUUAGAGAAGUAUAACGUAGAAAGAAUAGCCUGCGUAGCAGGCACAUGGAAGUAUUAAAUGAGCGCAAGAAAGAACGGACACGCGAGGGAGACACGCCGCACGUACGUUCUUUCUUGAACCCAUUAAUUCCUAGCGCCUGCUAUGCAGGCUAUAGAAAGAAGGAGAACUGGCCUGCAAAAUGCCAGGAAUCAUACUAUCUAUUUAUCAAGUGUGAUAGGUAAGGAGAGUCAAUAAUGUGAGACCUUGCGGUGGGUGCUUACCAUUUACACAAACCAUCUAUAUCAAAGGCUUUGCCCUAAUACUUUCACUUUUAAAGAGAGGCCUGGGGCAACUUGGAAAAUAAUUGGCUUUUUGAUAUAUUUUCGUUUUCAGUUUGCUUUACCUCACUUACGGAAAACAAAAGGAAACAUUAUCAAUAUGUCAAGUUUAGUGGCACAAAUUGGCCAGCCUGGAGCUGUAGCAUAUGUUGCAAGCAAGGUAAAUCUUUUAUGUUUUUUAGCUCACGCAUGCUUGUUCUGCAGUCUUCUCAAAAGUACCAUUUUCUAACUGAAAAAGAAAAAACAAACAAAAUUUUGAAGAGAAAUAUUUUAGGAUCUUUCCUAGUAUACAGUAUGCAGUUAGUUAAACCGUGAAUAGGAUAGGGAAAAUUAUAAAUACUAACUUUGUGUUGAUUUUUAUUAAGGGUGCAGUAACGUCAAUGACAAAAGCUCUUGCAGUUGACGAAGCUAAGUGCGGAGUGCGAGUUAACAGGUAAUUUAUUGGUCGUCUGCCUAUCGCAUGUAUAACAGGUAUCAGUAAUACUGAAUCGAUCAGUAGCCAAGCGCUAAGUACGGUGUAACAGAAAUGAGAGCACACAGUAUGUUGAGAGGUUAAGAAAAUUAUUGUUUUUAUUAUUCAUUCAAAAUAUUUCUAACCUAAAAAAUAACACAUUAACCCUGAACUAUGUAAAGAAACCAUAUUUAACUAUUGCCUGUUCCGUGCCAGCUUGAGGUUAUGAAGGGAUGUUUUUGAUAUUUCUAGCAGACACAAUUCUUUGAAUAGCAGUUGUCAUCGGUUGCGUGGUGAUGGUCCCAAGUGAGUUUGCGAAGGCAACUUUUCUAAAUCGUGCCGCAAUUGCGAAUACUGCACGCAAUCGCAAUCACUGCAAUCACAGUCUCGUUGGAAAAUUUUUAUUAGAGAUAUACAUGUAUUUGCUAUCUUGCUAUGUUUUCUUGAAGUAGUUCGGCUAUUUCAUCUUUGCCUAACGUGCGAAAUCUUUCUUCAGCUCUGCCAAAUGGAGGACACGCUUGCUAAAUUACUUGAAAAAAAAAAGCAGCAACUAACAAUGCAUUUGAAAUACGCAGAAAUGUUAGCUAUUGUUGUCCACGAAAAAUAAUAUGAAAUUUGGAGAUAAUACCCCAGACUGAUCAUGAUAAUGAGUGGCUCUCACUUGUAAACACGAAAUUUCAGACAAAAAAUUAAGGAAUUUUAGCCCCUAUUUUGCUGUCUUACAAGUUAUCAAUAAUCUUGAACCCUAAAGGUCAUAUAAAACGACCGCUAAUCUCGAGAAUCUCAACUUUUUUUUAGAAAAAAUCCUUCGAGCGGUUUCAAAAUUAUUCGCUUAUUUGUUAAAUAGACCAAAAUGUUUACAAAACCGCUAACAAGAGCGCCUCGAUCACAUGCUAAUCAAAUCUUUCUUCGGCUGAAGCUCAGUCCGUCCAUAAUCUUUCACACACGUUUUUUAAAAGUGUGACACUUACUAUGGGGUAAAAUUGCAUUUCGAAAGCGCUUCGUUUUCUAUAGACAACGGCCAAACAUCAAGAUUGCCCAGUUUUUACCGUAUUUCUAACCAUAGAAACUUAAUCCCAAAAUAGCUCGAUAACGCUCUUAUAGAUUUUGGUUGAACUUCACGAACAUCGAGGCGGCCAUUAGAGAAAAAAGCUCCCGUGAAUGAGUUUGGAAGAAGAGGUCCCUCCGAUGUCAUUGUAACCCUGAUGAGAACAAAUUCGUAUCUUUAUCUAAUACAGCUGUGGUGAUUAUUUACCAAAUCUUUGUUAAUGGCGACGUAGUUUUUGCUCAAACGUGGGGGGUAUUGACCUUGAAAAAAGCCCAGUGAGCCACCUUAAAAUAUAUGGCAAAUUUCUGCCAGCGGGGUCUUAAACCACUAAGUUCUUACACGCAGGAUUGUACUGUAUUUUUAUGUAUUUCAAACUUUGAUCAGACUAAGAUAUGUAACAGCUAGAGUUCCCUAGAUGAGUAUUUUUUUGUUUACCGUCAUUAUGUAUAAUUUCAGUAUUUCGCCCAGUAGUGUGUGGACACCAUUGUGGGAGUAUUUAGCUCACCUGUCGGGUGACUUUGAGAAAAGUAUAAAAGAUGGUGAAGAAUGCCAGGUAGGUUAGCUUUUUUCGGGUUUUGAUUUUUCCCAGUUUUCCUGUCUCUAUUGUCGUUUUUCUUUUUCUUUUUGUUCAAGUCUUUUCGCUCCGGUUACUGAGUCUCCUAUUUUCGAGUUAUUUAAAUAUAUAUAUAUGUAACAUAUCUCCUUCUUUAAGCGAUGUUAAAGGUUAGUUAGGGGGCUAAGUAACCGGGGCGAAAUGACCGUAACGCGUCUUUCACUAUCUCGAAUGUGAUUAUCGAGAUCUCUGGACCGUUUUCAGCAAUUGCAGCAAUAGAAUCCAAACUUAACUAAAAAACUUCCCUGAUAAGCCCUAAGUGCUGUUUGCCAUCCGGCGAAUCGACUUACGUCGGGCAAAACAACAUCGGGUGAAUCGACGUUAGGGCAAAACGACCAUAAUCCGCUGAUUUUGGUGACUUGUGGGUGGGUCCUUACCCAGUCCCUGUAAGGCAUGCAUGAGUGGCUUGAUCGCUGGAUUUGCAAUAGUCAGGCUCGAAGUUCAAGUUCUGCGCGCUCUGAGUGCCAGCUGUUGUUCCGUAGUUGUCCCAUGUUGAAAUCGUCGACUGGACGGACGCUUGUAACUGAAAUAGCCGAACCGGCUUGGCUCUGGUCAGUCAGGAUUCAUAAACCUGUUAUGUUUGAUUUCUUCUAUUCUACAACUUUAUUUUUACACUGUUGAGAACGACAACAACAACAACAACAACAUCUUUCAUUCAAACACGAUAAGGUUACAGCGUAGCUGAUGUGGUCGUGAAAGGGCAUCAACAAUCGUUCUAAGAACUUAUUUACAAGCAAUUUUUACAACGAUACGUAAAAGAAAAGACAAUCUAAAGGGUUACGUGCUCAGUGGCCAAAGGAGAGACAGCGUUCGAGUUUCAGUCACAGAUUUGCUCAGCCCUAAUAGCCUUUGUGCUAUAAAUGCUAUUGAGGGUGAAAAAAGGAAUUGCUAUUAUAAUUAAUUCAUAGGCCGUCUUGGUCAACGCUUUUGGUAGAAGACGAAUGGCUGGUACUCCCUCUGAUCACAUGAACUGCAAAAGGCGUCUUACAGUGUCAAGGUUUUGCUCAGAGAAGUUUUGAUUUACUGAAAAUUCUUGGGCGAUUUCCUUACCCAGUCAGAAGUAAAAGUAUAACAAAUCACAGCUUUUUCGCUUACAUUUUUCGCGCGCAACAUAAAUUUGAGUUCUGACUGGUUGUUCAAUAAUAUUGUUUGAAAAUAUUGUGUGUUAUGAUUGCCCAUGGUUUAUUUUUAAUUGGUUUUCUUUCCGGAUACUCAAUAGUCUAUUCAAAGCCGCUCUAGCACAACUGACGACAUCGCUUGUAUUGUCAAAAAUUGUGCAUUUAUGUCCUCUCACUUGCUGCCAUUUUGCUUAAGAUAUCGCACUCUCUCGACUGGGUGACUCAAGGUUUCUUGUUUUCUUUGAAGCUGUUAGGUCGCAUGGGAACUCUUGAAGAAUGUGGUCAAGCCUGUUUAUACCUGGCUGCCGAAGCAACUUUCACUACUGGAACUGAUUUGUUGUUGACUGGAGGUGCUGAACUCACUUAUGGCAAGAAAAUCCAAGUGGAAAAUGUAUAAAUAAUCAAAAUUAUUUUACUUUGUUGUUGGGCUGUAUUUAAACAACUUUCUUCAUUCAUCCUGGAGGGGGUGAACCUUAUAAUCUUAUCAGCAUUACGGUCAAGUUGCCCGAAAGUCAUCGCAACCGAAGUUAUGUCGCCCGAGAUUUUUGGUGAAGUCGGCCGAAAUGCUGAGUUAUGUCGCCCGAAAUUUAUCAUGCUCAACAACAUCUUAACAUCCCUGUUGCACAUUUAUCGUGCUUGUUUCGUCUCAUCAAAGCUUUAAGAACGAGAUGUAUUACUCAUCUGUCGCGCUUGUUUCUUGUCAUCAAGGCCUAAAGAACGAGAUAUAUUACACAUUAAUUCCGCUUGUUUCAUCUCAUCAUCACCUGAUGAAAUUUCGGGCAACUUAACGAAAAAUUUCGAGCGAGACAACCCUGGUUCACGGGCGAGAUGACUUUCUGGCGCCUGGACCGGUUACCAAUCAUAACGAUAAUCAUAAUCCUUUAUAAUGACAGAGACUUGUAGCAGAUCAUAGAUUGAAAAGUGAGCUGGUAAUUAAAGAAAGCUUACUUGUGUGGAUGCAAGAUGGGAAAAAACAAGCGCCAGUUGGGGGGGGGGGAGGGGAAAAUGGAGGGGUUUCUUUUCCCUUUUUUUCUUGUUCUCUGCCCCUCCCCCUGCCCUUUUUUCGCUAGCCACGCAGGCUAGGAAAAUAAUGGUGUUAUAUGAGGUAAUUUAGCUGUACUGUCCGACCCGGCACUGACUGGUUAGCUCCACUGGUUAAAUAUGAGACUUAGGAGUUCCAGGCCCGGGUUCAAUUUCCUGCAGGACCAACACUCAGGGUCUUAAAAUAAUUGAGAAGGAUGCAUUGCCUUUGAUCGGACAUAAACAAAUGGUAUACAUUCUACAGUUUAUUUUGGAUAAGGACUAAAACCCGUAAGCCCCGUCUCACCGCGUUUUCACUUAUCUGGCUCUUGUGGGACGGUAAAGAACCCACGCUUCUGUUUGUAAAAAAUAGGAUAAGGGACUUAGACCCCGGGUAGUUAAGCUGUUACAGCAUUCCUAGUAUAGUGCAAACUGAUUCAUUCUUCAGAUGUCGAAUGAUUGAUUUAACUAUUGGUCACGUGGUGAUCUUAAAUCACGUGACUAAUCUUACGACCAUCACGUGGUCUAUAAAUGUGUUCAACAUUCCACUGAAGAAGACGUUUGGGACAACGUCUAAAUAGCUCUGAGAGGCACAAUUUUCUUAGAAUUUUAAAAUAAUUUCUUAGUAUUUUACAAUGGGUAUUUAGAAAUGAUUUAACAGUUGUAAUUUUUAUACUAUUUUUCUUUAAUUAAAUAAAGGGUGUUACUCUCCAAGAGGUAAUAUAAAACAUUGUGAUAAUAACCAAACAUUGAAAGUUGAAGAACGCAUGUAAGCGUGUAAAAUCGUUUGUUUUUACCACUGGUAGCAACUUCUUUGUAUACCAUGAGUGAUAUAUGCUUCGUUGGAAUUAAAGCUUCACAAAAC